UCUUUUUCUUCUUUCUCAGCACAGCAGCAAUGCUUCUCCAGCGAGCUGCGCUGCGGCUGUUCUCGGCCAGCCAAGCACGCCGCUGCACCCGGGCACUGUCUGGUGCAGUACCAGCACUGCAAUCCGGUGGCCAGCAGCAGGCCCCACCAGGCGCUGGCGUCGGCAGCACGACGAGCUCACCGUCGUCAGCAGCAGCACCAACGCCAGGAGCAGGACCAGCGCCAACCGCGUUCGGAUACAACAUUAUGAACGUGUUUGACCGUGCUGCAAAGACCAUGCAACGCGAUCGCGCUGCACGGCGAGCAGACGCGGCCGAUCACGACCAGCUGCGCGACUACACUGCAGGCGUCGUUGUGGACCGACUGUUUGACAUUACACGCCGGUUCCCAACAGUCCUGGAUCUCGGAUGUGGCGCAGGGCAUAUCGCAGGCGUCAUUACCAAGGAAGUCGCAGACAAGCUCAUUCAAACAGAUCUGUCCGAAGGAAUGCUCAGACGCGCACAGCGCAGAUAUGAAGACCAUUUGCGAGAAAAGCAACUUGAUGCCAGCGACGCUGAAACUGCGCCACCGCUGGUCGAAUCGCGCUUGAUGGACGAGGAGCACAUGACGUUCGAGCCCAAUUCGCUCGAUGCAGUCGUGUCCAGUUUGAGCCUGCACUGGGUCAACGACCUGCCUGGCGUUUUCCGCCAACUGCACCGCGCGCUCAAGCCCGAUGGCGCCUUUGUUGGCGCCAUGUUUGGCACGGAAACGUUGCGGGAGUUGCGGAGUGCGCUUCAAGUGGCCGAGCAGGAGCGCCGAGGCGGAUUUCACCCGCACAUUUCCCCGUUCACCGAUUCGCGCGACAUUGGCAAUCUGCUCACGCGGGCUGGGUUUACCCUCACCACGAUCGAUGUCGAUGAAGUCACCAUCAGCUAUCCCUCCAUGAUGGAGCUAAUGCUUGAUUUGCAAGGCAUGGCUGAAAACAAUGCCAGCUGGAAUCGUGUACCCUUCCUCAAUCGCGAGUCGAUGCUGGCCGCAGGCGCCAUUUACCAGCACAUGUACGGCACAAAGGAUGCCAUCCCCGCGAGCUUUCAAAUUGUCCAUUUCAUUGGUUGGAAGCCUUCCCCGAACCAGCCCAAACCAGCCAAGCGUGGAUCUGCCACAGCGUCCUUUGCGAAUCUGGACCAGCUGAGUCAGCAACAAGCGGCGCCCUCCGAGACUCCCAAAUCUUGAGCAAUCUUGAACGAGGUUGUUGGAACCAUUCCAUUUGUAUUUCAAGAAUAUUUUACCGGACAUACAGAAAAACACGAUCAAAC